AUGGCCGAUCAGGCAGACGCUCCUCCGCUGUCGCAGCUCAGCGCGGACUUCCCGCUCGAGCCGGUGACGGGCAAGACCCUGUUCCUGCAGGACAGGGCCCGCAGGAACCGCCUGCACGGGCUCGGCGGGUGCCGCACCGGCUGCGCCGAGCUGGACGAUGAGGUCCUGCUCGGCGGGUUCGAGCGCGGGCGCGUCGUCGGCGUCAGCGCCGAGGAGGACGACGUGGGUGUCUUGCUCGGGCUACAGACUGUCGCGCAUCUGCUGGCCGCCGCGGUCGCGGGCGGUGGUAGUGGUGGUGAUGGUGGCGUGGCCGCAGGGCGGGAGGGGCGGCGGCGGCCGCGCGCGGUGGUCGUGACGACGCUGGCUGUUGGCGAGCUGGUGCCGCUGUUGAGGGAUGUUGUUCGCACGCAGAUCAGGCUUGUGCGCCCCGGCGGCGGAGCCGGGGCGAAGGAUGACGAGGCGGGCCUGGUGACGGCGUGUCUGGAGAGGGUGUCUAUCUCGAGGGUGUUUGAUUUCGAAGGGCUUUGGGAGGUGCUUGGGGAGCUGGAUCUUGGGGCCUCUACGAGUGUUGCACCUGCUGCGUCGUCGGAGCGCGAGGAGGCGGAUGAGCAGCAGGUUGAGACAGCCCCGAGUGGCGGUGUUGUCACUACCGAAGACGUGUCGAUGCAGGGAGCUUCCAUGGAGAUCGGAGACAGCGAGGACGAAGGUGGACUGUCCAGUCCGGAGUCUACUCCGAUAACAAAAGACCCAACCACAGCAAUAAAUCCCAAGGACAGCGAUACCUCCUCGCAGCAGCAGAACGAUUCGGCGCUCCCAGACAUCAUCUUCAUCACGCACAUGUCCUCCAUCCUGUCCACCCUCUUCACCCGCCGCGAGAAGGACACGGCGCACACCAUGCUGCAGCAGCUCUCCAUCCACCUCCGCUACCUGACCCGCUCGACCGCCGAGCACGACGCCGCGCCGCCGCCCCUCGUCCUCAUCGCCAACUCGACCACGACCGCCUCCCCGCCUGCUCCAGGCAGAGACAGCAGCAGCAACAGCAAGCAGAACGAUCCCUCGGCCGCCGGGGGCCCACCGAGAAGGCAGGGCGACGAAGACAACGCGGACGGCGGCGGCCCUCGGCGGACCAACGGCAGGCCGCUCGACCCGACCCUGCGGUCCGUGUUCAACCCGCCGCCCCUGGCCGCCAGCGGCCUGCCCUACAGCCACGGCACGCCGCUGAGCCGCCGCAACAAGCCGUCCUUCGGGCUCGUCUUCUCGCAGCUGCUCGACCUGCACCUGCUGGCGACGAGGGUGCCGCGCUCGCGCGCCGACGCCGAGGCCGUGUUCCUGCCCCCGGAGGAAGCGGCGGCGGCGGCGGUAGCGUCGGCUACGACUCGGCGAGAAGGGGAUGGGGUAGGGGCAGCAGCAGCAGCAGGAGGAGGAGGUAUCAGGUAUGCCUGGGCGGUGGAGGUGCUGAUGGACGAGGUCGGGGUGUGGGACCCCGAGGAGGCGAGGGAGGGGGGGAAGGGCAGGAGGAGCAGGGAGAGGCGGUGGGGGGCUGUUGAUGUAUUGGGGCUCGUGGGCAGGGGCAAGGGCGGCGGAGGGAGGAAUGGGGAUGUGAGGAUCGUGGAUGCGUUCGAGAGGAGGGAGAGGGUGCCUGUUGGGGAAGUUAGGACUGCUGGUGGGUUUGGGGGCUUGAUCCUGUAA